UCAUUUGCGCCAAAAAAUGAACAAAGGAUUAUCAUUUGGCGUUAUUUCACUGUCAAAAAGUUUUCUCAAACAUCACUGUUUAAAAUAUUCAACUCCUGCCACCUACAAAUGUAUAAACAAAGUGAAAAAGCAAUCUACUUGUCAACAAUCGAGUAUCUCUUUACCUUCUCCAGACGUGGUACGUUGUAACCAUUUGAAGAGCACUAGUUCCUUGAUUGGAUAUGUGGUUAUUUUUUGUUCUACGUUUUAUAAAGUUCCUCAGAUUGCUAGAAUUAUCACAAAGAAAAGUUCUAAAGGUAUCAGUUUAAGUAUGUACGUAUUGGAGAGUAUCGGUAUUUAUUUCUCUCUUUGUUACUGUAUUCAAGCAAAGUUUCCUUGGGAGACUUUUGCAGAGAGUAUUUGUAUAUUUGUUCAAAAUAUAAUUAUAACAUUAUUCUUAUACAAAUAUACGGAAAGAAAGGAUGGGCGUAACCGUAACUUGGUUUAUGCUUUAAUCCCGUUGAUGGGAGCUUCGUUACUUUGCAUAAGGUUACCUAUACAUUGGUUGCAAUUGUUACAGGUGUGCUCCAGUCCGUUGAUGAACAUAAGUAAGAUACCUCAGAUACUUCGGAAUGAACGUAAUCAAUCUACUGGAGAACUUUCUCCUAUUACUUUGAGUUUCCAAUUGGCUGGGAAUGUAGCUCGUGUAUUUACCACCAUAGUUCAGUUAAGAAAUCGAUGGUUUCUGACUUCCAUUUCCAUUUCACUUAUUUUGAAUGCAAUACUUGGCUUGCAGUAUAUACGAUAUCGUUUUAGUAUAACCAAGUCAACGUACUUUCCGGAUGACCACUUUGGAAAUAGCUGAGUUAAACAAGUUUGAAGAAAUUGAAGAGCAGAUGACUAGUCGUUUUGACAAGUCUUCCAUCUUCUAU